AGCGCUGUGGCUGAGGCGGCCGGCGCGCCGCGCUGCAGAGGAGUUAAUCCAGUCGGUGCUUCGACUCCCUCCCGUCAGCCACGUGCAGUGUCGCCCCGGCCGCCGCGUGUCGCGAACGUGCGCUGCUCCGCGCUCCCCGCCGCCUCUCCCAGCUCUGUGCGGCCCGGGUCGGAGCCGCCGCUGUCGCCGCUGCUGUUCUGUGUGGCCGGCGGGUUCGGCGGCCGAGCCGGGGCCAGCGGCCGCGCCGCCCCAGGUGCUGCCCUUGAGUGCGCGCGCGGGCUGCCGCGGAGGAUGUGAGCGCUGCCCUCACACGCUGUUCGAGCCUCGAGACGGCGAGUCCCCGGCCGCGGCGCGCGCGCCCCGACACCUUGUGACGCGCCGCCGCCGCUGCCGCGAGCAGGCGGUCCGUGACACUCUGUGCGACGUCUCCGUGACACCCGUGACGUUUCGUGAUGCGGCUGCUGGCCGUGCUGGCGGCCGUGACCGUGUCGUGGCUCUCCACGAACGGAUAUGUGGCCGGUGACCGCGCGGCGCACGGUGAUGGCGACGAUCGGACUAACAGGAGGCAUAAGCGACAGGCUGUGCUUGGCUCAGGUGGCGGCUGUGCCGACAUGUCUCUCUUCAACUACAUGCUCUACUACUACCUGAUCCAGGCGCAGAACAACCACGACAAGCACAGCCAGGCCGACCAGAUGGCGGCCGCGCUGCUCAAGCUGAAGCGGUCGCGGGGUACCGACCCGAUCCCCACGCUCAUCAGCACCACCGCCGGUCAGAACGCGCUGCUGGCCAUGCUGCAGAGCGUGGCGCAAAACAACCCGGCCCAGUUGCUGACGCUGCUCACGUCUAUACGUGGCGGCGGCGUGGCGCCGCAGCCGCAGCCCGCCGCCGGCUUCAGCCAGGGCUUCGGCCAGGGCUUCGCCGGCGGCGGCGGCGGCUUCGGCGGCGCCGGCGGCAAUGGCUUCGGCGGCUACCCCUCGCGGGACCAGCUCUACCAGCAGGGCUUCCCGCCGACCGGUGGCUCCGGCUUCGGCGGCCUCCAGGCCAGCAGGACGCUCUACAGCCCGCAGGUACAGGCGCAGGCGCUAUACCGGCCACAGCCGGCCGCCACCGCGCACCUUCCGUUUGCCAUCGGCGAUGAGAAGCUUGACAACUCGCUGCAGUUCUCACCAUCGCUUCGCCGGCAGGUGUACGCGCCACAGCCGGAGCUGGAGCCGACGCCGGCACCCGCGCGCACCAUCAUCCGCGAGCCGAGCACGCGCCUGCACGUCAGCACGGUGACACUAGUCACGACCGUCCUGAGCAGCCAGCGUUCGGCCGUGCCGCUCGUCUACAACGGCCAGUCGACCACCACGGAGAUCAUGGCGACCGCCACGCAUACGCUGACGGCCACACAGCUGCAGACGCUCGCCGUCGUCGUCACGCCCACUGUGGUCGAGGCGAACGGACAGACGACCACGCUGUACGGCGGUACCGGUGCGCCGGCUGCCGAGAUCGUCACAGACCUCAACUACCACGACGAGCCGACGCCCGUGACGGCGGCGGCCAUCACGCCGACCGCGCAGCCGCAGCCGGUGGUGGCGACGGCCGCACUGGAGGGUCUGCCGGCGCCGGCCGCCCAGCAGGCAGCCGCCGCGCUCGGUCAGCUGCUGCUCCAGCCGGGUCAGACGCCGCCGCUCGGACCUGUAGCCGCCCAGGAGACCACUACCACGACCACAACGACGACCACAACCACCAAGAAACCGGACCGGCUUCUGGCGCUGCUCAAAUCCCGCGCGCAGGCCCGGCGGAGAGGCACCCCGAGGCUCAGCGCUCCGCGACGCGGCGACCCGCGCAGGAGGAAAAAGAACGGCAGCUCAGAGGAGGAGGACGAUGAGGAUUACGAGCAGCAGCCGCACGUCAGCACCAGUGUGUCAGUGAGCGUCUCCGAGCCGGGCCAGCCGGCGUCGUCUCCGGUGCAGCUGGUGAACGGCGUACCGGUGGUGCAGGCGGUGCCGGUCAGCACCAGCACGCCGGCACCAGCGCCCGUGUUCCGGCCCGACCCGGUGCCGGUGUACGUGGAGAAGGACGGUGUACUGGUGAUCGCUGCUGCGCCGCUGCAGCCGGCAGCGCCCGCCGCCACGCCGGCCGCUCCCGUCUUCAAGCCGGAGCCGGAGACGCCGGCGCCGACCCCAGCUCCGACAGCGGCGCCGACAGCCGCGCCCGUGACGGAGCAGGUGGUCAUCGCCGCGGUGACGCCGUCACCAGCACCGUCACCGAGCCCGUCACCGUCCUCAACACCGGCGCCGACACCGGCACCGCCCGACGACUUCAGCUUCGACUUCGAGGAGACGGUGUACGCCAGUCCUUCGACGUCGACGGAGAAGGUGGUGACUGAGGAGGACUUCCAGAACCUGCUGGACGGCACGUUCGUCAUCCUCGCCCAGUCGCUGCCGGAGGCGACGUCGUCCGCGACGCCGGCCGCCGCGCAGGAGGAGGAGGGCAGUGGACAGUCAGACUCGGACGUCAAGGUGUCCGUGUCGUACGCGGUCUCGACCAGCGUGUCAGAAGGUCGGCGGAGAUAGUCACAUGGACGCCCGGCGGCCCCCGCAGCCGCCAGUCUUGUUACGGACCGCCGCGCGCGGUAUGUGCGUCUACUGAGCCAGUGAGCGCCGCGGCGCCCAGCGCGUGGCCGUGGGAGAGAGACACACGCUGACCGAGUGGAACCGAGGCGCCCGCGUGGCGUGCGCGCGCGCGUUGCUCAACCGAUUGCAGAGUGGCUGUUGCUCAAGCUGGGAGCGGGCGGAGCGGGGACGGCUCAAAGGCGACACUGACGCCCGAGUUCCCAGCCGGCGCUGUACGCUGGCCGGCGACCGUGCGGUCGUCCCACCCAGAAACCGAACCGUGUGGCCGUCCGGCGUGUCUCACGCCGCGUGGUUGGGAGAGACGGGGUGGCUAGUCCAUCCCUAUCGGCAGGAAGGGCUGGUCCCGAGGACGGAGGCUGAGGAGAGGAGCGAGCGAGCCGCACCCGACGCGUGACCGUCCCGCCAGCGUCCGAGCGCGAUAAUACUCCGGGGCUGCGAUAGUCGACACGCCAACCACUGCGAUACUGGGUCAGCCGCUCAGACGCCCCACAAAAAGACAUGACCGGCCACGCCGAGCCGUUAUGCAGACACGCGAACGACCGACUCGGCGAACCGACAUAGACUUGUCUGACUACGCCCGACUCGGCUCCGUGACUUGGCAUACGCCACGGCAAUCAACGGCUAACCAAAGGAUCAACGCUCAUCGUCCGCCGUCGCCGCUGCCGACUUCGCUAAACUAACAGACCGGCCACUAACUGGACUCCGAUUUGAGCUUCCGACCUCCGCACUAACUCGACCAGCGUCGAUACGCCUCGCUUUCAAAACUAACCCCUUCGUUUACAGGUCGAGCGACCCGGUCCGCGACCCCAGGCUUACAGGUGAUGACUCGGUGCCCCGGUGACUGACGACUGAACUGACUGACGACUGUCCCCGUCCACAGCUCCGACUGCCGCAGUCCCUCUGCGCCUCCCGGGGCCACCUUCCGAGCCACGUCCCAGCUACCGACACAGCGGAACGGCGGGAUAGACACCACGGGAUGGUCUCCAGUCGCGCCGGGCGGGUCCGGCAGUUUAUGUUCAUUCUCGGGAAUCAUGCGUCGGGUGAUGAAAGUGAAGCUCAGUUUUAGCCUAGGGCAGGGGGAGAGCGGGCCCAAGGAAUAAGGAUCCAGUAUGCCUUGUCCAGUCCCGCGUGUUGUCGGACAAAGCCUGAUGAGGGCACUCAUGUGCUCAGUGCGUGUUGUCUUUGUGUAUGUCUGUCUAUGUGUGUAUGUGCGUGAGAGACAGAUGGAUAUUGUGCUGUGCAUCAACUCUAUGUGCUCUCACGGGCGUGCUAUAUUUUUGACUCAAGCAAUGUGCGCUGCCUGUCGAAUGAAUUGUCUCACCUCAGCCGAUUCAUGCAUAAUAUAUUGUUAUUACUUGAA